GCCAUGGCGAGCGGCGGGGCGGCGGGGCCCGGGCCCGGGGUCCCGCGGGAGCCGUGCAGCGUGUGGGCGGGCUGCUCGUGGCGCUGCGUGCCGCCGGACGGCCUGGCGCGGGCGCUCUGCCUGCAGCGGGGCGCGGGCGGCGGCGAGGCCAGCUGCCGGGCCGUGCUGGUGGAGAGGCGGGCGGGCGGCGAGGGCGACCCGGCCUGCGUGCUGCAGCUGGAGUGCCGGCCGGCCGGCGCCGCCGGGAUGGUGGCCGUGGGCGUCCUGAGCGAGGCCCGCACCAUGGAGCUGUACGUGGGCGAGGAGUACUGCGGGACCGGCCGCGGGGAGAGGCAGGCGGCCGCGGGGGAAACUGAAAAGGUUACUUUAUACAAGAAGUACCUUAAGUUUGAGUGCCCUGCAACCUCCUGUAGAAUUAAGCUGCUUUCCAUCGGGGAUAAACAACGAGUGCUCAUCAGUAAAAUAAUUGUGCAAGUGAAACCAGUGUCUGCAAAACUAACAGCUGAUGUGCCUGCACUAGGCUCAAGCAUAGAUCUGGACAGAGUGCAAACUAUAAUGGACUCCAUGGGAUCCAGGUUGUCUCCAGGUGCUCAGCAGCUCAUGGACAUGGUCCGAUGUCAGCAGAAAAACAGUUUACCUCUUGGAGACAAACUUAACUGGAUCUUUGGGAAAAAUUCAGACUUUGGAGGUGGCCCUGCAGUAGAUGGGUUGCAGAGUGCAGCUGUUCAGACACGGCCAGAUCAACCAGCCAGGGAACCUUUGCCUGUUCAGAAUGAUGCAACGAGUGAAACAGCGUGUGAAGACUUAAAAACAAGGAGUGAUCUGAGCACACAGGUACCUGAAAGAGGGAAUGCUUUGGAAUCUGACAGACUGAGUCUCCACCCAAACCCAUCUGACCUCAGGAGUUAUUUGAAAGUCAUGGGAUCCUUGCACGUGCAGGCACAAGCCAGUGAACCCCCAAGUGUAGCUCAUCCACAGGUGCUUCUUCCUUUUCUCCACAACUUGUGCAGUCAGGUGAAUCAUCUCAGGCUGAAAGAUGGUGAAAGGCAGUUUGGCAAAAGUGCAGUGGCUAAAGAGGAAAGCAUCCACUGUGUUGGAGUAGAACAGCAGCCUAUUUGCUCCUAUUUGGAAAAGAUAAUCUCCAAAAAUAUGGAUCUGAUGGAGAAAAAACUAAUGGACUAUAUUGAUCAUCAAAUCCAGACUCUUCAGACACAUAUAGAUAAUAAAAUGGUUCUCCUGAUGGACUUGAUUCAGAACUCAAAGCCAAACAAAAUUUCACAAGCUCACUGUGAUUCUAAUGAGGGGCUCUCUAAUGGAGAGAGGUAGAUGUGUAUAGAUAUGUAAGUACUUUAAGGGCAAUUACACUUUACAGAGCUCAGUAUUUAUGGAGUAAUAACUGUAAAGAAACCUCAGUGUUGUUAAUUUGCAUUUUGUUACUGUAAUUCUAUCCACUAUUGUACACAGUUGUUAGUUUUUAUCAAGGAUCUUAAGAAUGUGUGGGUUUUUUGCUAAAUAUAAGACUUUUGUAUGCCCUUUGUGGGUUAUUUAUGUAAAAAGCAUUGCUAAAAGCUGUAUGAAACACUUUCCCAGUUUCAGUUUGGACAAUAGAGAAGUACUCUAAAUAAACUGAGUUACAGCUUAUUUUUUUACCUGCA